AUGGCGUCUCAGCUGAGUUCUUCGAAGGAGAAAGAGGAAAAGGCCAAGGACAUUCAGGUGGUGGCGAGAUGCAGACCAUUUAAUUUGGCAGAGCGGAAAGCUAAUGCCCACUCAGUGGUAGAAUGUGAUCAUGCACUGAAAGAAGUUAGUGUUCAAACUGCAGGAUUGACUGACAAGACCUCAAGGAAAACAUACACGUUUGAUAUGGUGUUUGAAGCAUCUACAAAACAAAUUGAUGUUUACCGAUGCGUUGUUUGUCCAAUUCUAGAUGAAGAUAUUAUGGGCUAUAAUUGCACCAUCUUCGCAUAUGGCCAGACUGGCACUGGAAAAACGUUUACAAUGGAAGGUGAAAGGUCACCUAAUGAAGUACAUACCUGGGAGGAAGAUCCUUUGGCUGGUAUAAUUCCAUGCACUCUUCAUCAAAUUUUUGAGAAACUUACCGAUAAUGGCACUGAGUUUUCAGUUAAAGUGUCCCUAUUGGAAAUCUAUAAUGAGGAGCUUUUUGAUCUUCUUAGUCCGUCUUCUGAUGUUUCUGAAAGACUGCAGAUGCUUGAUGAUCCCCGGAACAAGAGAGGAGUGAUAAUCAAAGGCUUAGAGGAAAUCACAGUACACAACAAAGAUGAAGUCUACCAAAUCUUAGAGAAGGGGGCAGCAAAAAGGACAACUGCGGCAACCUUGAUGAAUGCUUACUCUAGUUGUUCACACUCAGUUUUUUCUGUUAUGAUACACAUGAAAGAAAUAACAAUUGAUGGAGAAGAGCUUGUUAAAAUUGGAAAGUUGAAUUUGGUUGAUCUUGCAGGAAGUGAAAAUAUUGGGCAUUCUUGAGCUGUUGACAAGUGGAUCCAGGAAGCUGGAAAUAUUAACCAUCUGAGUCUGGGGAGAGUUAUUACUGCUCUUGUGGAAAGAAUACCUCAUAUUCCUUAUCGAGAAUCUAAACUAACUAGAAUCCUGCAAAAUUCUCUUGGGGGAUGCACAAGAACAUCUAUAAUUGCAACCGUUUUCCCUGCAUCUCUCAAUCUUGAGGAAACUCUGAGUACAUUGGAAUAUGCUCACAGAACAAAGAACAUAAUGAAUAAGCCUGAAGUUAAUCAGAAACUCACCAAAAAAGCUCUCAUUAAGUUGCUUAACACAGUUAAAGAAACCACCAGGGAUGUAUCUUGUCUACAUUGUAAACUGGACCGUAAAAGAGCAAUCGAUGAGCACAAUUCAGAAGCUCAGAAGAGUUUUGGCAAAAACCUCAACCGUCUGUUUAAUAACAUGGAAGAAUUGAUCAAGAAUGGCAGUGCAAAACAAAAGGCCAUGUUAGACGGUCAUAAGACUCUGUUUGGUAACCUGAUAUCUUCUAGUGUCUCUGCAUUAGACACCAUUACCACGACAGCACUUGAGUCUCUUGCGUCUAUUCCAAAAAAUGUUCAGAUUUCUGAUAGGAUAUUGGAAGAGCAACCGUUAGCAGCACAAAGUAAAACUGUGCUACAAGGAUUGAUUGAUGAACUUGUGACCAACCUCUCCACUUCCCUGAAGACCAUUGUAGCUCCUGGCGUGGUCUCCAUCUUGAACAUAAAUAGGCAACUACACCAUAUUUUUAGGACUUCAUCGACAGUGACUGAAAUGGUAGAAGAUCAAAAAAGAGAAAUAGACAGUUUUCUCAGUGUAUUGUGUAAUAAUUUACAUGAACUCCAAGAUAACACAGUUUCUGCCUUGGUUGAGUCACAAAAGCUUUGUGGAAACCUAUCUAAAGGCCUGAAGACAAUGAAGGAAACCGAUUCUCAGGAACUUUGCCAGUUAAGCAAUAGUUGGGCAAAGAGAUUCUGUGCUUUGGAGAAGUAUGAAAACAUCCAGAAACCAAGGAUCAGUAUUCAAGAAAAUACAGAGUGGAAGUCUACUGAUAUAAUCAACAAAACAACAGUUCACAGUAAGAACAUUAUUGCUAAAUCUGAUGGAUCAUUACAAGAAGUCAGACACUUUAACCAAGAAGGCACGUUGGUUGAAGAGUCUGUAGGACACUGCAGUUCACUCAGCAGCAACCUGGAGACUGUAUCUCAAGAGAUCACACAGAGGUGUGGGAUCCUGAACACAAGCACAGUUCAUUUUUUUGUUCAGUGGGCAUCCUUCUUGAGCAAGAGGAAGGAAGAACUUGAGAACUUAAUGGAGUUUGUAAAUGGAUGCUGUGAAGCUUCAAGUUCAGAGAUCACUGAAAAAAUAAGAGGACACACAGCAGCUAUUGAGAACCAGCACAACUCCUUUAUUGCUCAGAUAACUUCUGAUGAAGAAAAAUUUAAAGCAGGAAGCCUGGAGCUUAGUGAAACUAUAAAAACUGGUUUAGCAAAGCUUAAUUGCUUUCUGCAACAGGAUCUGAAACUAGAUAUACCAACAGACUAG